AUGUUAUGCAUGGCUUGUGACUUUGCAGACGUCAGCUUGUGGAACAAGAACAUGGGACAAAAGUGGCGGAAGAUCCGGCGUCGGUGUUCGUCGUUCAACACGGGCACUGCCAAGGACAAAUCGGCGGCGGUGGACGGGCCGCUGCUGCCGCCGUCACCGUCGUCGUCGGACGACUCAACAGCGUCGUUGUCGCCGCCAAUGACGGCCGCGACCACAGUGCAAGACAUGUUGCGCACCCGACUGAACAUGCUGAACAUCGGCUGCAAGCGCCGGUCGCAGCUGCAACUGUUCGGCAGCACGCACCCGAACAGCCUGGCCUCGGACACGUCGUCCACGUUUUACGUGCCGUCGCCGUUGCUGGGACAGGACGUGGACACCGCGGGCCCGUGUUCGCUGCCCGUCGCUUUCGACCUGUCCACCGACCACCGGCUGCUGCAGCCGUCAUCGCUGUGCCGCGUCGCCGAGACGCCGUCGUCCUGCGGUUCGUCCGGCCGUGGGACCGCCGAUGAUGGUGCCGGUAGUGACCGGUCGUCCGUGUCGUACAGCGACCACGGUUACAACAGCAUCGUCAGCACCGCGACGGCCACCGGAUACGACGCCGACCGAUUCAGCUGUAGACCUCAUUCGUUCGUUGUCAGACGGUCCGUAAAUAACGCGGCGCGGCUACCAACGCGUUGCAGUGGCGACGACACCGACGACGGUUACAACGACGACGACGGUGACGGUGACGACGACGACGACUAUUACAAUUGCAGUCUACUGUUGCAGAACAAACCGAAGAUGCGAUCGUGCCGGAGAUGGUCGCAAGCCGACUCGCUGGCGUUGGACACGCCACUGACGGCCAAAGCGUUCAGGAUCGGCGGUGCCGUGUCCACGUCUGCGCCCGGGCACGGCUCCUGUCGUCCGCGUUUAGGCGGUCCAUCUUCGCUGCAGCAGGCCUACACUCCGCCGCCCCAGCAACAGUUACCAUCUUUGCAGCAACAGUUACCAUCUUUGCAGCAACAGUUACCGCCCGUUCAGCAACAGUUACCGUCCCUGCAACAACAGUUGCCGCCGCGAUCGUCACCGCCACCGCCACUGAUGCACAAACCACCGCCUCCUCUGCCACCACCGCCACCUUCGGAGAGAACCGUCGCUGACCUUCCGGUCAUACCGGAAUCGUCGCAGUGGGACGAGCAACGAGCACGCCAUCGAAGACGGACGCAGGAGGCCGACAGGCUGGAAAGGAACGGUUCGACAAGGGUCAGUGGCAGGAACCCGUAUCGCACGUUCAACGGGAGGACCGCGUCACCAGCCGGCGCCAAUGUCCCCGGUUCCGGCGGCGGUGGUGGUGGCGGCAGUGGCGUCGUCCCGGCGGGCCAUUGUCAUCUCGACAAUCUGCAGGGCGGAAAAAACGACGGCAAUUGUUUCUACACGUUGCCGCGGGGUGGCGGCAAGGAUGCGUGUUUCACGAUAAUGACGGUCAAGUUCCACAAAGGCCCGGGCCACAAGUGCUUGGGAUUCAGCAUCGUAGGCGGCACGGACUCGCCAAAAGGUACGAUGGGCAUUUACGUGAAAACCAUAUUUCCGAACGGACAAGCCGCCGAUAAGGAGACGUUGAAAGAAGGUGACGAAAUCCUGGCCGUCAAUAACAAGCCGUUGCACGGGUUAAGUCAUCGCGAAGCCAUAGCUGUGUUCAAAGAGAUCAAACUGGGAGAAAUGGCUUUGCACAUCGGUAGGAGGGUUCCGAAAAGAUCUCGGGAAUCGGUCAAGUCGAUGCGAAGUCCUUGA